AUGUCCACAGUGCACUCCUGCGUGGUGAGCUGCCGCUUCUCGGAGGCUGCCUGUGCACGCUUCCACACGCUCACAGGGAGCAGGGUAUUUGGGGGUCGGGGAGCAGGGAGUAGGUACAAGCUGGCCUGGUUCUGCUUGGUUCCCAUAACCUGCAAGUCCCCAGCCUACGAGGCACUGGCCUUCGAGUUACUGCUGGACCUGGUGUGCUUUGGGUACCCACAUGAGGUCCUGCGCUACACCUACGACCCUGUCUUCCCCACCAGGGGGCUGGCGUUUGACCUGCUCUAUGGGAACCUGCUGAAGGUGGACACCCAUGGGAGUCUGCUGGGCACCCAUGGCUUCACCUUCCUCUCAGAAGCAGAGAUCUGGACCUUCUACCCCAGCAAGUUCAAGUUCAUUCAGAGGGACAACCUGCAGAGGUUCUACAUCCUCACCAUGCUCUUCAACCGGCCUGAAAUCCAUCUGUAUGCCAGCCUGGUGGACUUCUCUGGCUGCUCUUGCUACACCAACUGUGACACUGGCUGUCAGCAUGGGAACCUCUUCAUGUCCUUCUGAAGCCUCUUCCAGGACAGGAGGGAUGCCAUGGAUAAUGUCUACCAGUCCAUGAGUGGCUGUCUGAAGGAGAAGACCCUGGAGGAUUUGGACAAAUAUGUGGAGAAGGAUGAGAGGAUCCCCAUCUUGCGGGGCAAGAUGAAGGAGGUUGCAAAAGUGUUUCUGGCUAUGAACAGCAGCUACAACUACACAGAUGCCAUCGUGACCUACCUAUUUGGCAUUGGUGAGGCUGAGGGCUCAGCCAGGCCCUGGAGGUCCUGCUUCGACCUGAUCAUGGUGGACCCACAGAAGCCCUGCUUCUUGGCUGAGGGGACAGUGCUGAGACAGGUCAACCAGGAUUCAGGCAAGCUCCACAUGGGUACCUACAUGGGGCCUGACCAGCACUGUGUGGUCUGCUUUGGAGGUACCAGCUUCCACCUUGCUCUUCGGACGUGUGUGCUGCUCUUCGGUGUGCAUGCUGCUUGGGGCAUGGAUGUCCUGUACAUUGCAGAUCACAUCUUUGGAGACAUCCUCAAGUCAAAGAAGCGGCGGGGCCGGCGAACUUACCUGGUGGUUCCUGAGCUGUCCUGGGAGCUGGGCAUCUGGGAUCUAGAGAAGGAGCAGAUGGAGGAGCUGAUGAGGCUGGACCGUGCACCCGGCAGACCUGUGCUCCCUGCCAGCGGAGGGGAGAGGGGUGAAGGGUCCUGGCCAGGGCAGUCAGGAAAUCAAGAUCUGUUCCAGGAUGUGCACUGUGUGCCCGUGGAGUGCCCUCUGACCUCCGUGGGGUCUAGGGAGGUCGUGCCUAGAGCUUGGAAGCACCGGUCCUUUUCUCCUGAGUCAGGUGGCCAUUUUUGCACCAGGCACACAGAUGGGAGUAGAUAUGGGCUGCAAGUCAUCAACCCCAACAAAAGGGAGAUUCAGACCUAUAUCGCCACCUGCCUCAACUUCCUGCACUACCCGCUCAGCUGGCUGUAUCAGGUGGUCCCGGAGCUGGGGGGUCCCUGCAGAGCCUCCCUGGGUAUCCCCGAUUCUCUGCCCCAGGAGGAGCCACUGGUCUCCAGCCCUGCCAAGAGCUUUUGA